CUCAAUCGGGUUUUGGAAGUGGAAGUGGACAGUUGAAUCAUCAACCAUCUCCGUUGCAAGUUCAAUCAUCUCAAUCAGCUUAUGGAUGUGGUUUUCCGAAUUUGGGAUUUGGAAGUGGACAAUCCAACUAUCAACCAUCUACGUCAACAUUUUCACAAGAUCAAUCAGUUUAUGGACAAUCGAACUAUCAACCUUAUUUUCAGGGUUUUGGAAGUGGAAGUAAUGAUCAAACAUAUUCGUCAACAUUUUCGGAAGUUCGGCCAUCUUAUGGAGGAGGCUUUCAAGGUGGAUUUGGAAGUCAGUCAAUCUCAACUACAGAUGCUCAAAAGCAACCUCCACAGUCAGCUUUUGGAUUUAUGUUCAAUAGUGGUUUCGGUGUGUCAAGAUCAGAAUCUGCGGUUCAAAACCUUAAAGUACCUCCACCUGGUGGUCUCCCUCCGAUAGGAUUUGGGUCAGCUUCUAAUAAUAGACCUUCCAAUAUAUUAUUUGGUUCACCUGCCUCUCAUAACGUAACAGUUCCAGGAGUUAUUUCGCAGAGCGUGGCUAUUGAAUCUUUUGGUUCGUUUUCACCAGAUAACCGUGUUCUUAUAAACGAAGAUGGGAAUGCAUCAGAAAAUCAUAUUAUUUCCGAUAUAGAUUUGUUAUAUAAAUUUUUGAGAUUACAAUCAUUUGAUGGGAAAUUCUUACCUACCGAAGAGUUUUAUUCAUAUUUUGACUUUGGAGAUAGGAGUGACGCCGAUUGUAGCUUAAGAGAAUUUGGAAUUAAGCAUAAUAUCGAUGAAGUUGCUUGGACCACAUCAGUAGCAAUCAAAUAUUUAGAAAUUGUUAUUGGAGAAAAAUAUCAAGCCGAAAGUGAAAUGUGCCGAGAGAAAGCAGAAAGGGCUCUGAAAAAGAUUAUUGGAGAGGGUGAAGAAAACGAGAAGAUUAUAGAAAUUGCUCAGGAAUGGGUUAGUAAAUGGUUCUUAAAGGGAAAUACGAACGUCACUAAAGCAUGCUAA